CUGCACGAACCAUCAAUCUCGGGUCAAGCGGUGCCGAGCCCCGCCAUGACGGCUCCGCAGGCCACGUGGAUGCAGGAGGUCGUGCUGGAGGACCUGUCGGGCCGCUACAUCUGCUCGGUGUCGGUGCCGAUGCGCUGCGACGAGGGCGGGGCGCCCCAGCUGGCGCCCCAGGCGGCGCGGUCCGUGCCCGACUGCCGCUCCGCGUGCUCCUCAGCACCUGUCGAAGGCCCCUCGUCGCACGGCACCAAGGUCACGUCCCAGUGCUCCAUCGACUUAUCUUGCCCGCCGCCCCCCGCGGCAUCAGUGGCGAGUCGCUCCGCCACAUCGGUCUGCGCGCCGCCGCCCUCCGCGGCGCCCGUCGCCUGUCGCUCUGCAUCCUCGGUCUGCGCGCCGCCGCCUUGCCCCGCCCCCUGCCCUCAGGAGAGCGUGGCUUCCAAGCAUGCGGCCAGGCUCCCAAAGAUGGUGAAAGACGUGGAGGAGAUGACAGCGAACGUGUCGAUGACUGCAAAUCAACUGCAACACGCCUACGACAGCUACCGAGACGACUUCCGGAGGCAGAUGCAGAGGUGCGACGCGGUCAUGAACCGCUUGAAGACCAUCGACUACACGUUGCGUCACCUAGGCGAGGUGGAGUACGACCCGAGGCCGGCGACUGAUCCCUCUCGGUGCAACCCGCUGCAGCAGUGGCGCACCACCAAGCCCACGAAGGUGGAGUACAGACAUGAAGAGCGCGACCUCUGGGGGCGCCCCUGUCCGGCCUACCCGCCGCCUCCCUCGCACCAGCUCGACGACGACGACGACGACGAGUGCGGAACAACGGACUACGUGCUGCCGCCCGAGAAGAAGCUCCCGCAAUUGGAGGAGAUACAUCCGACCGGACUCGACGCCGUGACCAUCCAGCGCAAGCCUCUGCUGGACCUCGCAUGCCGUCUCAAGAGCUGGCAGUGCAAGUAAUGAUGUGCCAUGAGAGACAGUAUGAUGACUGCACCACGACACCUGAUACUAGACCUGGCUGAAGAUCGUGCCCAGAACCCCAUGGACAUGAUUUUAUUCUAAAACUCAUGUGAGCUGCUGCCCGCUAAAUGCCUGAGUAAUAAUAUCAUUAAAAUGAUUUUCAUUAAA